CCAGCUGCUCCACUAUCUAAGUUUUGGAACUCAAGGAAGCCACUGCUAGUAUGGAAUAUAACCUGUGACCAGAAAACUGAUGGUUUAACCAGCCUGGAGAUUCUAUACAUUUACAGGCACUGAUAACUAACAUUAGUUUACUGUGAAUAGUACAAAUGGGGACAGAUUUAGGCUACAACUUUGUUUUUAAAGUGGUGUUAAUUGGGGAAUCUGGGGUGGGAAAGAGCAAUCUGCUGUCCAGAUUCACCAAAAAUGAGUUUAAUCAUGACAGUCGCACCACCAUUGGAGUGGAAUUCAGUACGCGUACUAUUCAGCUGGACACAGUGACCAUCAAAGCACAGAUUUGGGACACAGCUGGGCUGGAGCGGUACCGGGCCAUCACAUCAGCGUAUUACAGGGGAGCAGUGGGGGCACUCCUGGUUUACGACAUUACCAAGCACCUCACAUACGAGUAUGUAGAGCGAUGGCUAAAGGAACUAUAUGACCAUGCAGAUCCACACAUGGUGGUCAUGCUGGUGGGCAACAAGAGUGACCUGGAUAUGCAGCGCACCAUUCCAACAGAAGAAGCUAAAAGUUUUGCAGAGAGUAAAGACCUGCUGUUUAUGGAGACGUCAGCACUCGAAUCAACCAAUGUGGAAAAUGCCUUCCUUCAGGUUCUAACAGCAAUCCAUAAGAAGGUGGCGAGCCGAGAAGUAACCCGUGGCUCUAUCAGCGCAGUGACCCUGGGCCAGAUGGGGUCUAUGGGCCCGACUGCCGAGGUUAAAGAAGGUAGAACCUGCUGUAAAAGCCAGUAACAUGCAGGGGAACAGUGUCUUUGUUAUUAGAUGGAAAAGAAGUCAAACAAAAAAAACAUCCACAGCAUUAUGAGCUUGUACUGACAGUGGUAAAGUUAAUUUAGGUGUUUAAUCUGUGCUGAUACACUGUGACUAUGAAUUAAUCUGGAGUUUGUUGGUGGAAAAUGUUUACAAGUAUAGCACUGCUGUUAUUUUGUUUAGUGAUUUUUUUUAUUAUAUUUUUAUUGUAUUAAGGCAAUUUAAUGCACAUGAACCAAUCCUUUUUCGUAAUUUGAUUGCAUACAUUUUUUAAAAGCCACCUUUACAUCUGUAUUGUUGAACUGAAAUUAUUUAUUGGACAACAGAUGUAGUUGAAUAACAGUUUUUUAUGAUAAUGUAUCUGCUGACCUGCUUUUUGUAUUAGAAAAAAUGUUCUUUGUUUAAUUUGUCAUUCAAUAUUAAGUUGGUUUAAGGUUGGGAUUCUGCAUGGUCUGCUUUAGGCUACUCAGUUUUUCUGUUUUUUGACCAAAUGGACAGUUAUAUUGAAAUUUACAUUUAUGUUUAAGGUAUUUAGCAGAUGCUUUUAUCCAGAGCGACUUACAACAGUGCUACGGUGUUUACAUCAGAAUAUCCAUAGCAAGUUUGCAGAGACUUUUAUCAAGAGAUACAAAGUAUAAAGAUACAAGAUAAGAAAAUGUUUAGAACCCCAAUUUUUUUUUAAUUAGCUUAAGAACUCUUAAAAAAAUAAAGAGUCUUCAGUCAGCGUUUAAAGGCCAGAAGUGACUUGGUUGUUCUGACACCCAGUGGAAGUUUGUUCCACCACCUUGGUCCUAGCACAGGGAAGAGUCGGGAUGUUUGUUUUCUGUGGAUCUUAAAUGGUGAAAAAUAUUGUGUAUUACUGAAUAUUGUGGAUAUCGUCAGAACUUAUAAAACACAGACCAACUUUAUAUGUUAUUUUAAAAAGAGAAAUAAAUUCUGGAAUGUGGAUGCCUGAAACUACAGUUUGCUGCCUUAAUACCUUGCUAUCUCUUAAGUCAGUGAACAAAAAUACUUGAGAAAAAAAGCAUUGUGAUAAUGGUGCCUAUAAUAUAGUGUCUGUAAUAUAUUUAGACAUAUUUACAUAUUACCUCUUAUCCAUUGAAUAAAAACAUUUAUACUCAGA